GGCACUGCUUUCUGUAAUCGUUGGUGUUGAACAUGGCGACCGGUGUGUCAGUUGUGAUUCUUAAGAGGGUAAUAGUAUAAUUGCCUGUAUUGUGUAUUUAGGACGUGAUCUUCAUAUUUUGCAAAAAAUGUUAAUGAAUCGAUAGAAGGAAGUGCCUUUUAUGGCUGACAUGGCGGACACCGGUGAUAGAUCAUGGGGGCAUUUGGCAGAUACAGAACAUUUUGGUAGAGUUUGCAUGAACAACAUACAAGUAAACAAGGCAGAUUUGAAUCUUUUAAAAUGUCACGACAGUACACAUGCUGCGCACUGUAUGAUUUAUUCAAAGACUGAAGAAAAGAUAUUUGGAAUAUACAGCGCCAGAGCUGUGAUUUUGAUGCAGUUGCGGUUUGAUGGAUACUUGGGUUUUCCUGGUGGUAUUGUAAACACAGGAGAAGAUAUUCCUUCCGGAUUGAACAGGGAACUUGUUGAGGAGAUGAACCUGAAUGUUCAGAAACAUCCAGUUAAGGAAGAGCAUUAUGUUGUAUCCCAUUGGUGUCCAAGCAAGAACCUCUUGUUACAUUUCUAUGCUCUUGAAGUGUCCGUCGAUGAUAUAAAGGCUAUUGAAGAAGAGGCAGUUAAAGCACGUGAUUAUGGAAUCGAGACAUUGGGCACAGUUCGACUACCUCUGUAUACAAUGGGCGAUGGUUACAGAGGUUUUCCUGCGUUCCUGGCAAAUUCAUUUGUGAGCGUCUCUCGCGAGCAGUUACUUUACACCCUGGAAUAUAAAUCUAUUAUGUCCAUUGAAGAAAUUUCCAAAGCAUUAAGGGCAAGGCCGUUGCAAUUACCAGUGGAAGAAGAAGAAGACAGUGGUAGAGUUCAGAUGUAAACAGUACAAAUCUAAUAUGGUGUAAAGAGUCUGGAGGAAAGAAGCUUCGCAGAAGAAUUAAACUUUAUAAUUUCAGGAAGCCCUGAAAUGUUUGCGAUCAGUAAGUGGAAAAAAAAACUGUGAUUUGCGUACGAUUGGCUUUUGGGUUUAAGAUGUUGUUUAUAUUGAAUUGUGAUGACAUUAAUAUUUAUAAGAAAGAUAUUUUAAUUUGAAAAGUUGAA